AUGUCAGUUGUGGCUGCACCUUCCACUUCUCAAAAAACUCUUCAAAAUCCAUUCCUAAAAAACCUGACUGAGAAUGAAUAUGACCCAUUGAAUGAUACGCAGUAAUAAUCAUAGAAGACUUUGAUUAAAAUACAGAAGCAAGAGCAGAAGCUUUUUAAAGAAUUUUACAAGAAAGCAAAGAAGUCACUUAUCAUAGAGAACACAACAAUGGCUUUGGCUUCCAGAUAUGAAGCAUAUAUGAACAUUAUUAGGGACAGCGAUAUUAAGAUAAAAGCACUAGGAUUCUGGCAGUGCAAUAUUGUGAACUAGAAGUUAUUUGAUAUAAUCACUCUAGCAAGUGAAUAGCAUAGAGAGGAGUUGCAGAGUUUAGAAAUAUCUGAUAAUGCCUAGACUCUAAAAAAGAACACAGCAAAAGCAAUAGGGGAGAUGUUCCUUAACUUAGACACGAAGUCCACAAAAGUCUCAUUGUUCUUGCAAAGAUCUAGCAUUUCUCCAUAGAGCAUGUAGCUUCUAAUGAAUCUUUUGGCAUUGUCUAAGAUUAGGUAAUUCACUUUAAAUUAGAUGGGAUUAAAUGAAAAUCACCUGAAGAACUUUUCCUCACUUAUGGCAGGUAACAAAAAGAUAGACUUUAUAUCGAUGUAGCACAAUGAUCUCAGGAUGGAUGGCUGUCUAUACAUCUCACAGGGUUUAGUAUAUGCUAAAUCUCUCAAAUCUCUGAACUUAAAUGGAAAUCGAAUUGGAACCAAAGGAUUGAAACUCCUUUGUGAAUCGCUUAAGGAUAAUAACAAGCUAGAGUCAUUAUUCUUGAAUGAUAACUUUAUUGAUGAUGACAUUUCUUUUACCUUGGUUAAGCUCCUGUCCAAUCAGCGUAAUGUUAUCAAGGAACUUCAUCUGGCCUUUAAUAACUUUUCUCAGUUAGGAUUGAUUGCAAUAUUUGACUGUUUAGCAUUUAACAACAAACGUCUGAAGUAUCUAGAUGUAGCUUAUAAUGUCAUCGAAAUCGGUAUCAUGAAAUCACUGCGCACUAUGAUCGAAAAGAACAGUAGUUUGCAGUAUCUAAGUAUCAGCGAUCUUUAUAAGUUCAACAGGAAUGCCAUAAAUACUUUAGUUGAAUGCUUAGCUCUAAACAAGUCACUUAAAUUGGUUGAUUUAAAGAAAUGUACGAAGAGCUUUUAUACCAAAAUAAUUUAAGAGGUUAAUAUGUGCAGAGGUGAUAAGCCAAUUAUUUUCUUAAAAGACGAUGGCUAUAUAAGGACCAGAGGGGCUAUUGAUAAGAUAUUUAACGAUGAAGACGGAGAGGAGAUCAAAUCAAAUUCUAAGAAGUAUAGAAGCUAUACUCCUUAAAAGGCUUUGGAGGAGAGUAAAAUGCGCUAAAAUCAGAUUCAAAUUUAGAGACCAAAGACAGGGGAUUUACCUAAAAGAAGAAUAAUGUAGAGAGAGGCUUCUGUGGAAAUGGAUCAGGACGAUAUGAUAAAUAUUAAUACACAACUGGAUUACUAGCCAUCAGUAGUGAGAUCUGCCAGGUCGGCUAGGUCUUUGGAGUACUCUGAUAUGAAUUCCCCUGGAGAUUCCUCAUUUAACUACACUUUUUAGAAGAAUUCAUAAAGAGAAUCAAUAGCUUCGUCUAAGAAGAAAUAUGUUCCCCUGAGAAGUCCUUCAAGAGAAGAAUUAGCUCAACACUAUUAGAACAUUCAAAAUGUAUAAAAUUAAAACCCUAGCCACUUUUCUAGUUUGAAUUCUAAUAAUUUCCAAAGCAUUACUGAUGAUAGAAGAAGGUUUUCCAAUAACUCAAUGGAUGACCCCAAUCUAACUAGUUCCAAAAGCCCUAAGAGAGUUUAGUUCGCUAAUGACAUCAAGAUCUUUAAAGAUAAAGAGAGAUAGAAGCAACUCUAAGAGCAAAAUGAGAAGUUGGCUUUGGAGAGCAAAUAAAAAUAGCAAUCAAAAGCUAAGUUAAAGUAAAAUAUCAAUGGCAAAUAGUAGUAGCCAAAGAGUAAUGAGCUUCAGGAAAGUUAAGUUAGUUUAGAGUCCUUUGGAGCUCAAUCAUAAACCAAGAAGAAGAAAAUUUAGCCACUGAGGCAAAGAUCCUCGAGCAGUAAAAAGAAUAAAUAGAAUAGUUCUAAAUACUCAAAUAAAAACAGCACGUUGAAGCAGAGUGCAACUAUUGACUCAAAUAUGACUUCUUCCAUUUUGUCUAAUACACUUAAUAAUUCUUAGAAGAAGGGAAUUUUGAAGGGCAAGCUGUCUGAAAUCAACGCCUCUAAGCACGAAGAAUCUCAACUUCAUCCUUCAUCUGGUUUAUCAAGCGCAGGCCUUAACAAGUAGCUUUCAUACAAUCAAACCAAUCAUGUCAAUCCCAGUACACUAUCUUAAUACUCUCCAAGUCAGUAUACCUCAUUGGAAUCAAAUUCCUACUUCUCUAGCUAAUACUAAUAGACGCACAACAAUUAGCAAAGAUAGAAUUUGCUAUUGCAAAAGAGCACUCUUGACCGAAUUCCAUCUUAAAGAUCAACUCUUCAGAACAAUCAGAGCAUAUCAUACAACAACAAUAACAAUAAUACGAUCAACUAGAGCAUGGCUACGUCUCAUAUGGAUGAUAGCACAUCAUUUGCAUUAAGUCCAGAGGAGAAGGAAAAUCUGAAGUAUAACAUGAAGAAUGACAAGGUAGUCGUGUUUUACAAGAAGAUACUGGGAGAGAUAAGAGACGUCAUUAGAGAGGAAAGAUCUAACAUCAAGAAAUACCUUAAUUGA